UGAACUGUGUUUUCAAAUGUGUUAUACCUGGUUCCUAAAUGAAAUGGAAAGCUGAGCUUAACAACGUUGUGCAAUUGCAACCAGUCAAUGAUUGUGAAGAUGCGAUGACCAUGGACCAAGGCGGAGACAAAAAUAUCUCUUUGAGUGCUGACGAGGAUGACUAUGAGCCUGAACUUUCAGACCAAGGCCACAAGAGGCGAGAGUCUGGUCAUAAUUGGGAAGAACGAUCCACCAAUCAAGCAGGACACACAGAGAGCUAUGGCCAGGAUUACUACGAUUAUGAAUAUGAUGAGUCGACAGCAGCUGACCAACUGACUGACCAAAGGGAUCAUUACACCAUGAAGGGGAUAGGAGACAAUGAUAAAUACUACGAUGACGACGAUUGUGAACCUCUUGAAUCCAGUGUAGACAACCCACAUCAUUAUUCAGACGACACCCCGGCCCGAAAUGAACAACAAGCUUACUCGCACAAUAAAAGAUCAGCCUACCCCAAGAGGGCUUAUGAUGCUCACAAAUACACAUGCGCCACACCCACAUCCCCAUCCAUAGUCCCAAGUGACCCUAGGACCAACAACGUGGAACAAAAUAAACCCCAGCCCACACCUUAUGUACAGAAUUACAGGGAUAACACAUCAGUGGUGAACACCCCGAAUUCGAGAGAUGCACCUGCACCACAAAUGGGUGCGAUUGGGCCACGAAUGACAGAGGAGCCAUUCCAAGAUGUUCCUAGUUACAAAUGCAUUAGCAUACUUGUUAUGCUCUUCUGCUGUCUACCACUAGGUAUAGCUGGACUGGUGUAUACAUUUUCUGCUGACAACCUAAAAAUCCGAAGAAAAUACUCGGAGGCCAAGAAGGUCGCGAAGAAGGCAGAAACCCUGAAUGUCAUGGGCGUAUUUUCUGGCAUCCUCAUCUGGACAUACAACGUCUAUAGCUUCUUCGCUCGGCUCCAAAGUCAGCAGAACAAUUAACAAGGAAAUACUUAAAGCCAUACAGAUACAGACACAGACACAGACACAGAUACAGAUACAGAUACAGAUACAGAUACAGAUACAGAUACAGAUACAGAUACA